AUGAGCAGAGCCGGUGAAGAAGAAGAGGAAGACGAGUUUUUCCACGACUCCCUCGACCGGCUGCUCUCCUCGUCCAACACCUCUUGUUCUUGCUCCCCUCGUUCUUCUGCCGAUUCUGAGGAUCCGAAUCCCUUCUCCAACCCGGGUUCCCCCACCGAUUGUGAUGACGGCGGCCCCGACCCGGUUCGCGUCGUCCCCAAAUUCCCCAUGGGCGUCUCCAACAACUACGAUGUUUGGAUCUCUCAACCCUCCUCCGUUCAAGAACGCCGGCUCCGGCUCCUCCGCCAGAUGGGCCUCAGCCGUGAUCCUUCCCUCGCCCGCCACCGCCCUUCCGCCUCCGCCGUCUUUGACAGCAGCGUGUUGCCGGAUUUGUUCGGCAGAUCGGUGUUGUCCGAUCAGUUGAACGAGAAGAACCCUGGUGAGGGUUUUUCUAGUGCUUCUUAUUCUAAUAAUAUUAGUAGUAGUAGUGAUAAUAUUAGUAAUGGUUCUGUUGUUGAUAGUGUUAAUCAUAGUAAUAAGUGUAAUGUUGUUCCUGGGUUUGUUCGAUCGAAAUCAGAGGGCGAUUAUAAGCAUUCAGAUAUUCAUUCCUUGCCAGCAGAAUUAGCCAAUGAGGCUGGUAAUGGUGGUGGUAUAGUUGUAAAUAAUAAGCAGAAACAUAAUGGAAGUCAUAAUGUUGUUGUCCUUGUUGAUAAUAUUCAAAAAGGAAAUGGUUUGUCCAAUAAACCUCCGAAAGGGAAGGUUAGGACGGAUUCUUUGAGAAGCAGAAGCAGCAAUUCAUUGUCUGGGUCGGGCAAUGGGGAUGCGGAGGAAGGUCCCGAGGAUACUGGUUUGUUUCGUGUUGAUGAUCCAGACAAUCAGGUUUGUACUAUUAAGAAUCUUGAUAAUGGGGAGGAGUUCGUGGUGAAUGAAGUGAGGGAAGAUGGGAUGUGGAAUAAGCUUAAGGAAGUGGGGACGGGUAGGCAGUUGACCAUGGAGGAAUUUGAGAUGUCUGUUGGGACUUCACCCAUUGUUCAAGAGUUGAUGAGGAGACAAAAUGUGGAGAAUGGCAAUAGAGAUACUGCCGAUUUGAACGUUGAUGGGAAUGGCGGAAAUGGAUCCAAACAUAGGAAGAGGGGAAGUUGGUUCAAGAGUAUUAGAAAUGCUGCGAUUUCAGUUGCCGGGUACAAGGAUAGGCGGAGUAGUGAUGAUAGGGAUACAUCAUCUGAAAAGGGUGGGAGGAGGUCCAGUUCUGCUACCGAUGAUAGCCAGGAUGCUUCUUAUCAUGGUCCUGAAAGAGUUAGGGUCAGGCAAUAUGGGAAGUCUCAUAAAGAACUUUCUGUGCUUUACAAGAGCCAAGAGAUACAGGCGCACAAUGGAUCUAUUUGGACCAUUAAAUUCAGUUUGGAUGGAAAGUAUCUAGCGAGUGCUGGGGAGGACUGCAUUAUUCAUGUGUGGCAGGUUGUUGAAGCUGAGAGGAAGGGCGAUCUGUUGUUUGAUAAACCAGAAGAUGGAAAUUUAAAUCUUCUAUUUUUGGCCAAUGGAUCACCAGAGCCUUCCUUAUUAAUGUCACCGAGUUUAGAUGGUCUUCCUGAAAAGAAGAGAAGAGGUAGGGCCUCCAUAACUCGGAAAUCAGUGAGCUUGGAACAUGUUUUGGUUCCAGAGACAAUUUUCGCGCUUUCUGAGAAGCCCUAUUGUUCGUUUCAAGGUCACCGAGAUGAUGUGCUUGACCUGUCAUGGUCCAAGUCCCAGCAUUUGCUUUCAUCAUCAAUGGACAAAACAGUUCGGCUUUGGAACUUGUCUAGCAACUCUUGUCUAAAGAUAUUUUCACACAGUGACUAUGUUACCUGCAUACAUUUUAACCCUGUUGAUGAUAGAUACUUUAUCAGUGGGUCUUUAGAUGCAAAGGUUCGCAUAUGGAGCAUUCCUGAGCGCAAAGUUGUUGAUUGGAAUGAUCUUCACGAGAUGGUCACUGCUGCUUGUUAUACUCCAGAUGGUCAGGGUGCAUUAGUUGGCUCAUACAAAGGGAGCUGUCAUUUGUAUGAUACUUCUGAUAACAAAUUACUGCAAAGAAGUCAAAUUAAUCUUCAAAGUAAGAAAAAGAAGUCUCAUCAGAAGAAAAUUACUGGUUUCCAGUUUGCUCCAGGAAGUUCAUCGGAAGUACUUAUUACAUCUGCGGAUUCUCGAGUCAGGGUUGUAGACGGUGUUGAUCUGGUCCACAAAUUCAAAGGAUUUCGUAAUACAAACAGCCAAAUCUCCGCCUCUCUUACAGCCAAUGGGAAGUAUGUAGUAAGUGCCAGUGAGGACUCGCAUAUCUAUAUAUGGAGACAUGAAAGUGAAUCCCGACCAAGUAGAAGUAAGGGUGUCACUGUAACAAGGUCGUAUGAACACUUCCAUUGUCAAGAUGUAUCGGUCGCUAUUCCUUGGCCUGGUAUGUGUGAGACUUGGGGAUUCCGGGAUACUUCUUCUCGAGAACAGAGUGGACCGAUUAAUCAUUCAGGUGAUGUUUCCACUGUCAACCACCCUCCUACACCAGUAGAAGAAAGUAAUGGUAGUGAGAACUCACCUCUGGCAUCUGGUUGCGGUAGCAGUCCAUUGCAUGGAACGAUAUCUACUGCUACUAAUAGCUACUUGUUCGAUAGAAUCUCUGCAACUUGGCCCGAGGAAAAACUUGCUUUAGCUGCAAAGACCCGCAGUCCUCGCCUCAGUUUUGACCUUUCCAAUGGGAUAAAUCCUAGCAGGUCGGCUUGGGGCAUGGUGAUUGUAGCAGCAGGUCUUCGAGGGGAGAUCAGGACUUUCCAGAACUUUGGAUUGCCAGUUCGAAUCUAG